AUGGUGUCAAAAACCCUGACCCUUUUAGCUUUCGCCGGCAUCGGCUAUGCGAGUCAGACUGCGUGCAAAUGCACCCCAGAAGACUCAUGCUGGCCUUCGGUUGACACUUGGAAUGCUCUCAACAAAACAGUAUCUGGGAAACUUAUUCACAAUCUCCCAGUUGCUAUUUCGUGUUACCCCGGGCCUUACCAGAAUGCCCAGGAGUGCGCUGAUGUCUACUCCCAAUGGUCGAAUUCUACAUGGCAAGAGCUUUCCCCGGUCGGAUACAUGUAUCCGACUGACGUUUCAUGUCCUGCCGUUGACUUGAGCUCGGGCCAAACCCCCGGAACGUGUACUCUAGGGCCCGCCCCAGUAUAUACUAUCAACGCAACAGAGCCCGCGCAGCUUGCAGCUGGCGUGGCUUUCGCGCAAAAGAACAAUGUUCGUCUAGUUGUACGGAACACGGGGCAUGAUAUGCUCGGAAAGAGUGAAGGAUAUGGAGCACUCCAAAUUUGGAUCAAAUACAUCCAGAAAGGCAUCGAUUUCCACGAGACCUACACUCCUUCUGAUAAAUGCGCAAGCAACGAUUGGAAAGGCUCUGCAAUGACAAUCGGUGGAGGGUAUGUCUGGGAAGACGCAUAUAAUGUGGCAUUCAAGCGCAAUGUCGUAAUCGUUGGUGGUGGUGAUCCGACCGUUGGCUGCAUUGGCGGUUACACACAGGGAGGUGGCCACUCUCCAGCUAGCCGUGACUAUGGCCUUGCUGCAGACCAAGUGCUAGAAGCCCAAGUUGUGCUGGCUAGUGGCUCUAUUGUUACUGCUAACGCGUGCCAAAACUCCGAUCUCUACUUUGCCAUUCGCGGCGGCGGUGGUGGCAGCUACGGCGUCGUUACCUCGAUGACAGUGAAGGUGUACCCCAGCAAGCCUGUUGUGGCACAAUCCCUUAUGAUCAGCCCAAUCAAGAGCGAUGAUAUCAACCCACUUUUGGAGGCUGUCACCGAUGUUCACGCGCAGUAUCCUGAUAUCAUGGAUGGUGGAUUCUCCGGGUACGGUUCCUGGUCUGUUAACAGUCCUAUGAAGCUCUUCGGCGAUGAGAACGUUGGCUAUACCCAUGCCGUCGCAAUCAUGGGCAAGUCAAUGGCUGACGCCCAGGAAAUUUUUGAGCCACUUCUGAAGACACUCCAAAAGUAUAAUGGUACCUCGCUUUCUGUCUCCGUCUCAUGGUUUGAGUUCCCAUCAUACGCAGCCUACUACAAGGCUAUGUCGGGUAUGAAGCAGCCUGUCGGAGGAGCGAACUCGGCUCUGACUUCGCGGAUGAUGGGGAAAACUGCGUUAACCUCUAGUCGGACUCGACUGCGUAGCAUGAUCGGAGUUAUUGGAGGCAAACCAGCCGAAUAUACAAUCAAUAAUGUGGAGCUUGUUGGUGGCGGUAAGGUGCUCACUGACGGGAGUGAUAAAUACUCUGCUGUCAACCCUGCGUGGCGCUCUACCUACAUCGUGAGUGUUGUCGCUAGAGGCUGGGCAGAUGAGUCUACUGCUCAGGCUGUGAAGAACGAUGUCACAUACAACAAAGGAGGAGCCAUGAGCGUGUUAACCCCAACCCUAGGCAGCUAUCUGAAUGAGGCCGACCGCAACGACCCAUUGUGGGCCGUUAAUUUCUAUGGCGUCAACUAUCUUCGCCUUGCCUUGAUCAAGAAGAAGUACGAUCCUACAGGUCUGUUCUACUGCCCGACUUGUGUCGGCAGCCCUUCAUGGUACCAGCGCAAUCUACCGGACACACGCUACGGUCCACUUUGUGCCACCGGUCUUUGA